UACAGUUCUUUUUGAAAUUUGGUCGAAUACAUUUGGCGAAUAUUUUCAAACGAAAAGAUGGAAACUAUUGAAUCUAUGAACGAACAAACUCCUCAACAAUCUACGAAUACUGUUGUAAAUUCUGGAGAGUCUAAUGGAUUUAAUAUGGAAAUAUUUAACGGUUUCUUUACAAACGAUUUUGUAAAGAUAUUAGAUGAUAAUAUGGAAAAAGCGAAAAUUGAUAUUACGAAUGAUAAAUACAAUCAAAUUAAUAAUUUGAAAGAUGAGGUAUUUAAUAUUCAAACUCAUGUUUGUAGGGAAUUUACAAACUUACGUAUGGAUCUUGAAAAUGUUUUCGAUGAAAAAUUAUCUACGUUGAAUAAACUGGUAAAAGAAAUGAAAAUGCUUAAAGAAUAUUACGAUAGAACAACUAAUAAGAAUCUUCAGAAUGAUAUUAAAAAAAUGGCUGAAAAACUGAUUUAUUGUAUUGGUAAUAUUUUGAAAAUGAAAGCCUAUUAUGAAAAAUGUGAACCGGUUAAAGGCGUUGAAAUUGGUAAAAUGAUUAUUCCACCUUUUGAAAAUCCUAUUGGUGAACAGAUUGUCGAUUUAGAGUUUGUUCCCAAAAAGAUUGUAGCGAAUGAUGAUGGAUUUUACUGUACAAGCGAAUCGAGACUAUCAAUUAUAGAUAUUGAAAAGAAACAAAUUGUUCUGAGUAAUACUUUUGCUAUUGGAGAUAUAUCAAUAACUUACGAUGGAAAAUUGGCGUUUAUAGCUCAUUCUGUUUCGGCUAUUCCUGCAGUAUUUAUUUACUCUAAUAGUACUCACUGCUUUAAAGAACUAACUCUAAUUGACCAAUUAAACAAAACCUAUACCAAUUAUCUACCCUACUUUCAUAUUCUAAAGGAUGAUUUGGUGUUGUACGACACUGAAUAUAAACUGUCGAUGAAGAGUAACAGGACAAGAUUAUUAUCUAAAUGUCAACCUGCUAAAAUUCCGGAGGAUUCAAAAAUCAUUGAUAAUGUUUUGUACGAAACUACCGAAGUUGGUUCCUACAUUAGCGCAACUUCUGAUGAUAGAAAAGCCUACAUUACCUGCUAUAUUGGAAAACGUCAGAUAUCCGUUGUGAGAAAUCUAAUUAAUGAACUAAAUAAGGGCAAAUUUCUAUUAUCGACCAAAUGCUUUAUCUUUAUCGUCGAUCCAUCAGAGAAUUCGGCUGAAGUUUACGAAACUCAAACGAUUUUUGGAGAAGAAUAUCUUGUCUCCUAUAGAAUGACUGAAGAAGAAGUAAUCUUUUGCCUUGGUACAUCGACAAAUGAAAAACUUUUCAAGUUUCGAAGAUAUUUCCGCCGUUGCAUUUGCUCUGAAUGAAUAAUAAUAACGAUCUAAUCAAUUUCAAUAUUUCAUGUUUCAAAUACUUUCAAUACAUUUAUCUUUUUUCUUUCAACUCUA